UUAUGUAUUCCCAUUCAAAUAGCGAAAUUGAUCCUAAUAUGUUAACAUCAACUCAUGUCGAAACAGAUGUUAAUCAACAGUAAGAAAAUUUGGAGGAAAUUGAGAAUUUAAGUUAAAUCAAAAAAGAAUUAGAUGAUUCAUAACUUAUAACCAAUUUUGAUUUGAAUCUUUCCAAUUUAGUUUUAAGAAGAUGUAUUUAUAAUUAUUAUUUUAAGGUUAUGUAUUUGAGGAUCAAAUCAUUAAAUAUGAUAAAAUUUUAGAAAAAAAUCCCACUUGUGUUGAAGCUUUAAUUGAAAAAGGUAAUAUAAAAUUAGAUAAUCUCUAGCCAAAAAUUUAAUUAGCCUUUAAAGAUUUGAAGAUGCCUUAGAAUGUUGUAAUUAGGCUAUAUCUAUUGAUAAUGGCUAUAUCUAAGCAUAUUUUGAAAAAGGUAUUUUUGAUUUAUUCAUAUAAGCUAAAAUAUUUUGUAAAUAAUAAAAAAUGGAAGAAGCAAUUAAAGCAUAUGAAGCACUUUUAUCUAAAAAUUCAAAGAAUAAUGAUGCAAUUCAAGAAUUAUGUAAUUAUAAUUAUAUAAAAUAAGCUUCACUUUAAAAUUAAAUUCAAUAAAUAUAGAAAGCCCUCAAAUAUUAUGACUAAUUAUUGGCUUUUGAUAGAAAAAAUAAAUUUAUCUAUGUAGAGAAAGCCAAAUUAUUAUAAAAAUAAAACAAAUUUGAAUUGGCUCUUAAAUGUUGUGAUUAACUAUUGAGUUUUGAUCCUUAUGAAAAGUAUGCAUAUUUAUAAAAAGGUAUCUUUAUAAAUAAUUGAUAGCCUUAUUAUUAUAAUAAAUUAAUGAACCUUAAUUAGCUAUAGAAUGUUAUGAGAAAGUAAUCGAAAUUGACUCUACAAAUAAAUAUGCUUAUCUAGCAAAAGGUUUUAAAUUAUUUUAAUAUUAGUUAAAUUGUUAAUGGAGAUAAAAAACUAUGAAAAGGCUUUAAAAUAUUGUGAUAAGAUUUUAAAUUUUGAUCCAAAAGAAAUUUAUGCUCAAAUAUAAAAAGGUAUCAUUAUAUCUUAUUUGAAAAAGCCAGAAUUUUAGAAUGUCUUCAAAGAUAUGAUCAAGCUAUAAAAUGCUGGGAUGAAAUAAUUAGUUAAGAAUAAAAUAAAGCUGAACCAAGUGUUGAAAAAGGUUUAAUUUAUUUUUAAGUUGUUUAGCUCGUGUAUUAGUCAAACAAAAUAAAAAUAAGGAAGCCAUAAAGUGUCUAGAUAUUAUUCUAUCAAGUAAUAAGGCAAAUAGAGAUGCUAAUAUACAGAAAGGUAUAUAAUUAAUUAUUAUUUUUAGCAUAAAUCUUAAUGUCGUAAGGGUCAUUAGAAUAAGCUAUUUAAUGUUGUUAAUAAAUUUUGACUCAAGAUUCAGGAUCAGAAAGAGCAUGGCAUUAUUGUGGUAAGAAAAUAAAUUAAAUUUUUAAGGGCAAGCUUUUAAAUUCUUAAAUUAAUUGAAUGAGUCCUUAAAAUGUUAUGAAGAGAUAUUGAAAACAAAUAGCAAUGAUUGGUAUUCUUAAUACUAAGUAAAAGAAUUGAAAGAGUAAAUAAAAAAGCAAAAAUUAAUAAAAAAUGAUUGA